AUGAACACGCCCCCGAUGUCAGCCAAAUCAAGGCCAAAACCUCCCGACCAAUAUUUUGCUGCAGAUCUUGUCCAAGGCAUCGAACAUGCGGCGAAGCAACGAGCCGACGCGACCCCCGAGCCCGAAUUCGCUACCGACGCAUCCGAACAGAAUUACAAAUACGUUUGCGAGCAUCUGAGCAGGCACUUUGAUCGUCAUCAACUCCAGCAAUUGCGGAAGCGUAUCAGUGACCCUAUGUAUUGGGAGUGUGAAGCAAGGUGCUACGAAGAUGCAGUGGUCUCACGUCUAGGGCACGUGCUUGAUGAACGGUUGCAUCGACACCCUGUCACGCCUGCUACGACCGAGGACUGGCAGAGUGUUAUUCGUUCGCACCGGGACUCACUGCGCAAUCACGGCUUUUCUAUGCAUGCGAUAGACAACCUUCGAUUUAAUAUUACGUCACAAUUUUACUGGGAGAUUGAGGCCGAACUGCUUGAACCUGAAUCAAGCCGUCAGGAAGCCAUGCUGAUGCUUCAAUGGAAGGAAGAGGCAGACAAAAAGACGGAUAGAGUGAUGACAGAGAAGCAACGAACGAUGCAUAGACACCUUGGCGCGGCGUACCAAGACGCAAAUUGCGACACCGCAUCGAUACACAUUUCUAUUGGUCUAUUCCCCGCUUAUCUGCUUGGUCCCCUUGGUAGAGUCGAGGUCAAGACCUGGUCACAGGACAUGGACGAAACCAAUCCCACGUUGGAUCUUGCGGGUGUUGUGCUGUUUCUGGGGUCCUUCACUGGUGUUGAUGACAUUGUCUCCUUGUCAGAUAACGAGCGAUACCACUUCAGCCCUCCCGCAACAGCAGGUGCGGGAUGGAAAGGCCGCAAGCUCACGCAAGAGCCUAAAGGACCCUUCCUUUGUCUGACAUUUGGACGCCAUCUUUUUUCUCCCGAAGGUUGGGUUUUCGGCUCAUCAUCAGAUCCUGACAUCUGUGAUGUGCAGCUGGCCAAGGACAACAGCACUGGUAUCAGCAGACGGCAUUUUCGCAUCGACACAGAGCCAAGAACCGGAUCUCCUCGGAUAACAGUAUUAUCUCGCUCCGGCGUUGUCCGUCUCGUGGACCAAGGGCGUGUCUUAUCUCUCGAGCGAGAUAAAUCGACAGAGAUAUCCCGCAUGGUCACGCUUGACCUUGGAGCCGUCAGUUUCGUCGUAUGGCGGCCGGAGCUGACUGAGGCAGAGCAGCGGCGGUAUGCUGCACAGGCACUGAAAUGGAGCAAGGAAGUUGUUGCCGCAAUCGCCACAUAUAUUCCCCCACUCAACAGUCAACCUGAGACGGUUACGUCGAAUGUCCGGUAUGGGAAAAACAACGCCGUUUACGUCAAUGAGGGAGGUGUCGAAGGUAGAGGUAUGACUGCUUCUGUCAUGCGGAUCUAUGAGCGAACUUCGGGAUUAGUGUAUGGCGCGAAAGAACCUUACUACAAGGUCAGUGAUGACUUUGGGAAAGUGAGAAGUCGUUGGGAGGAGCUGAAGCGAGAAUUUGACAACAUCGCCAAGUUGGAUCAUGGAAUCGAGCUAGUCAUGGCUGCAGAUAAGAGGCUUCCUCCAUGGCUCAUCAUGGAAUACAUCCCCCAGAGCCUCCAACCAAGAGGCUUUGACGAACAAGGUGUCGUUGACGUCCUAAUUCAGAUCAGCAGUGCGUUGAUACACAUGCACGCAGAAGGGAUCAGCCAUCGUGAUGUGAAACCUGACAAUAUCCUCGUCUUGGGCUCCCGACCAAUGCACGUCAAGCUGGCUGAUUUCGGAACUGCAAGACAAAUCGCAUAUGGGUGCAUGGAUACCUUCACCGGAAGUCCGAUCUACAUGGCUCCUGAGUUUCUCAACCGCUCAUUGUCCUAUACCAACAAGGUGGACAUGUUCUCCCUCGGCCUAGUUGGUUUGCAGUGUCUCACUUCAUGGGAUCCACAAUCAGACAAAUAUUGGUCCCGCGGACCGUUGAGCCGUCGUGAUCAUCAGGGCUGGAUGCGUGAUGUGAUCGUUCGGCAGGUCGACACUGCGCCGUUGCAGUUCCGUGUGUGGCUACGCAAAAUGCUACGCAGACAACCUGAAAAAAGAGGCUCAGCAAGAAAGUCUUUGCGACUACUAUUGCAGAUUCAACAGAGCCUCCAUCAGGAAACGCUGAACCUGGGGAAUGCCGAAAUACCUGUUGCCGGUGAAGAUGCUCAUAUUCAGGCAUGCUACGGACCUGGUGACAAAGACGUCGUGACGAGGAACAACAAGAGGCCCGCCUCAAUGUUCAGUGAUGGCAGCUCUAGAUCUUACCGGAAACAGAAGCAGCCGCCUCAAACCCAUCAGCCUUCCCAAGGCAGCGUCCAGGGUGGACCCGACAGUCCUCAACCACAAGAUUCCUCGUUCGUCAUGCCGUCCUCUCCCUACUCGGCUCCCACACCAUACGAAGGCAAAGAGACACUUGAGGAAUCGGAAGAGAGUGGAUGUGAAGAUGUCGAGGACCUCGCUCAUGAUUGGCUGGGGAACACCGAGUCCGAGGACUCUGAGUGA